UUGAAACUUGUUAUUUAUAGUUAUUGGAAUUUGGGAUUAAAUUUGUUUAUUAUGACGAAGUUAGAAUCUACAGUCAAAAAAGAUAUCAUCAGAGGUUUGAAUUCUGCUAUAGACAGUGAAAAAUCAGAUGAUGACAAUAAAGCUUAUUGUUUCUACAUUGAAAGUCUGUCACUGAUUGCUGAAGUACUUAAAAAGGAUUCAGUUAGUGAAGAUUCAACAUUGACACUGAGAGAUAAAUGGAAUUUGAUUGAGUUCGCUAAACAAAGCCUAUCCCGUGUUUCAAUCCUCUUAAGAAAAGAAGGUCCUAUACCUGAUGGGAGGGUCGUUGACAAUCCACCUCUUUCGCCAUCAGCACCUGCUGACUCCAACUUUCAGAUAAAUUCAUCACCAGUUUCUCCUCUUAGGGAUUGUGACUUAUCAGAAGAUCCGAUAAUGAUGGCAAGAUACCAACGAAGGAUUGAACUUGCAGCCAGUGCUUUAGAAAAGCAAAAUAUUGAAUUGGAAAUGGCAAGACAGUUUGUUGAAAAAGCUGCAAUCAGUCGAAAUAGACUAGUUAGGGCAACUGCCUGGGCAAUGCAUCAUGCACAUAAAAAAUUUCAAAUCCAAGAAAAAUUACAUGGAGGAAGGCUUAGGGAAAGUGAUUUAAGAAAGCAACAGUUAUAUGCGGUUUCUUUACAGUUUGGAGAAGGAAAUGUAUGGCUCACACAGCUUCAUCAGGACCUGGCUCUUUAUCCAAAUCAUGAAAAAAUUGCGAGGGAACUUUUGGAUAACGUUUUAACAGAUAGUUCACAUCCAAUAAAAGCAACAAUUGAUAGCAUGCAAGAUAAAGUUAAUAGCAUGAUAACCAAUGCAAUGAUAAAUGAAAAAUGUGAACCACAGCCUCAGCUUUUUGAUGCUAUUUGUAAAGUUAUUCAAGAAGAUAUUGGUGUAGUACAUGAUGUAUUGAAAGCUCUUUUCGAAUCGCUGAAAACAGAACGAAAUUCUAUUAUAACAUCUGAAGCUAUUCAUCAUGUGUAUUUCUCUCAGGUUAAACCUGCACUGAUAUCUCUUAUUAGAAUGAUUCACAAAGAUGUUGUCGAAGGUCUUAAAACUAGGAUAGAAGAUGAAUAUGAAGAGAGCAAGGCUGAUAUAUCUGAGGAAUGCAAAGAAGCUGUAACAAAGCUGCACUAUCUCACAACGCUCCACAACCCAUACGAUAUGCUCGAUUGCACAGUUCAUAUCAUAAAACUUCUAGCUACGUCUAAGUUUGACAAGGGACAUUGUACUUCGAUAGGUGCCGAUGACUUAUUGCCUAGACUCUGCCAGGUCUUAAUAUCCAGCUGCUUGCCAACUGUUUGUGCCGAGGCUUACUUUAUGGAAGCGUUCAUGCCAUCUGAGAAGGCACUGGGCGAGGAAGGUUAUGCUGUCACCAUGUUACAGAGUGCUAUUGCUCACUUGACCAUGUCUUAAUUUCAGAUACUGUUAUAUUGUUAAAAUCUCAUUUUUAUAAUUUGUAAAAGUUUAUGUUUUAUCCCUAUAAAUUAAAUGUUAUUUAAAUUUUUUAAAAGAAAUAUUUUAUAAAUUAUGGUGGCGCA